UUUUUUAAAUUCUAAGCUAUAAUAAUUGUGGAUGGUGGUAGCCGAGACGCAACAUAAUUAUUGAAAGGGCAACAUCGAGAUUUUUUUUAAGUUCUUCUGUCACCUGAAAUGGAACGCAAUUAAAAAAAAAAUGACAAAUUUGUUGUCAAACGUCCACGAAGGCGCUGAAGUUCAAUUUUCAUCCGGAAAUAUUAAUCUAGUUUCUGGAAAUUAUGAAUAUUACCAUUAUUUAUGUGAUGGAUUUGAUGACAGAGGCUGGGGAUGUGGUUACAGAACAUUACAAACUCUUUGCUCCUGGAUGAACGACAAUUUUCAGCAAAAUGUGGAAGUGCCUUCAAUCAGAAAGAUUCAAGAGAUUUUAGUUGAGCUAGAAGAUAAACCUAGAUCAUUUUUAGGGUCUAGGCAAUGGAUUGGUAGCUUUGAGGUCUGUCUAGUAAUAGACAAGUUAUAUGACAUUCCAUGUAAAAUAGUGCAUGUCAACAAAGGAGACAACUUAAGUACCAUAGUGGAAACUUUGAAGACCCAUUUUGAGAAAUUUGGGAGCCCUAUUAUGAUGGGCGGAGAUGUGGACUGCUCUUCUAAGGGCAUCAUGGGGAUUCAUGUGGAUAAGUCUGAAGCCAGUCUCUUAAUUGUAGAUCCUCACUUCGUGGGAAAGGAUCUAACCAAGGAGUUCCUACAAAACAAGGGCUGGGUCAAAUGGCAGCCGCUUAGAGACUUCCUAAGUUCCUCCUUCUAUAAUCUAUGCCUACCACAAGCUAAGUCUAAAACUAUUAUCUAAUUUUAAAUAAAACAUGUUUUUAAAAUCAGUCUUUAUUAAUAUCAUAAGGGCUACAUAAUUAUUAAAACAUUUUACCUUAAAAUGCAGUCACAGUUCAAUAAAAUAAAGUAUAAAAUUAGGAAAUAUAGGAAGUGUAAACUACAUUAAUGUUAGUAAGAAUAGUAAGGCACACAACUUCAUCUAACCAAUGCCAACUGCCAAUUACACUGUAGUUUACCCUACAUUUCUAUGAGAUCAAGUAGAAAUACUGUUGACCAAUAAAUGCCAGCAUUAUUGCUACAACUAUGCUCCACGCUACACGAUCAUCAAACUGCCGCGGAUUUCCGCACGCUGCUCCGGUGUGGGAAAAAGACACCACUAUUCUCGUUUAUUGCGAUAUCCCAUCUCCACAGUUCUUGUUAGUUAUGCAUUGCCCAGAUUGGUCAGCAAUCCCCCAAUCCAAGGCGGGUCCUUGACCCCUAGAGAAACGCGAGACCCACUGCGACAAACACAUAAAGCCUGACCAGAAAUGUUUUUUUUUUUUUUUUAACAUGUUUACAUGACCUUACAGUACAUCCAAUGCGUCACGAAACUUAGAUAACAAAAACAAAGAGAGAAAAAGACAUACAUAGAGAACAAUAAAAAGAAAAUUAAACAAUUAAUUUGGGCGAAAUAUAUGUGUAUGACUAUUGUCAGGAGGGCGCUGUUAUUCUGAUGUAUGAAGUGACAGUUCAAUAGUUCUAAUGAAAUUCGGCAAAAUGGCGCGUAGUCAUAUAUGUCUGGUCAGGCUUUAACUAAGUAAUUAUUGGAUCAUGUCAUCCCUCUGACGGUCUGACCUUCAGUCUGUGCCAUCAUAUCAGGCAAGCUCCUUGCUACAUAGGUACUAAUAGCACAUCUCGGACACUGGCGAUCAAAUAUAUGAAAGAGGCGCGUUUCUAACACACAUUCUAAGCUCGUGUAGGUGAACGCGUACCAUGCUUGUAUGACUGAGAUAUGACAGGUUGAC